CCCACGCCGCGCACAGGUAGAACCCAGGCGGCUCCUCCGCCUCCUCUCCUGCCUGGUCCUUGUGUGCGGGGCGGAGGUCGUGGCUCUCGCCGACUUCUCAGGAGGGAAGACUCGUAGCAUGAGUGGAUGAGGGGAGUCCCUUCCCAGGGAGCAGAGGCAUCAGCUGUCACCCAGGAAUCACAAAUCUCUGGGAAGGUGCUGCAUCACUGCAAAGUGGGAUGACUGCAGAAACUGGGAAAGUAUCCUUGUUUCCAUCAAGAUGAGGGAGCAAUCUCUAUUCUUUUUUGUGAAAACUGCACUCUUCUAAUUCUACUGCUCCAGGACAUACCACUGCUGUUAGAAAAUUAUUUAGAGGAACUGUUUCUCUCCUUUCCAUGUGUCACAGUGAGCACAGCAUACUCCGGGCAGCUGGAAGCUUAAGGAGCUGCCUGUAGGGCAGAAAGCAAACCUUACCCGUAUUGAACAGAGCACAACUUCCCAAAAGCCAGUCGAGUGCAUGGGAACAAAGUUAAUAUAUAAUUAAUAGCCAAUAUGUGUUGUAAUGCAUUUUAAUAUAGUUUGUGUUGAUACAGUUCAAUAUGCUGGUCAUGGUUCUGUAGAAACUAUUUCCUCAGCAAUAGAAAAAUACAGUUUGCAAUUUUUUUAACUGCAUUCAGCUCAAUCCUGAAAAUUUUGAAAAUCCAAUUUUCAAUCCUGAAAAUUCCUAAGCAAGCAGCUAUGGAAUAUAAAGAUCAGAAUUACAUACAUACAUACAUAAGCUGUAUUUCUCAUAUUAAAUUCCUUUCAUAUGUAAAAGACUUUUAAAUGCUUGCUGUCUCAUUUUUUUUUUAGUUUUUUUUUUUUUUUUUUUUUUUUUUUUNUUUUUUUGUUUGUUUGUUUGUUUUGGUUUUUUGUUUUGUUGUUGGUUUUUUGUUUUGUUUGUUUGUUUUUGGGGUUUUUUUGCUUAACUGCUUGUUUGGGAUGUUAGUUUUGGAAUCACAUGAUAGUUCUCCACAAUAACAAAACAAAUGUUCAGAUUUUCCUUUUCAACUAGCCACUGAGUUAAAAAGUAUCCCUUUAUGUAGGAAAGUUCCUCUCAUAAAAGUCUGUUCAGUUUUUAAUGAUGUUAUUUAGAUAAGGUUAUCCAAGAUCAAUUUCAGAAGCACAACUGUCUUUGGUAUUCAUUGUGCACUGAGCAUUCAAAAUAGGUAGAAUGACCAGAGAAAAAAGCCAUCUCACCCCAGAGAUCAGUAUUAAACAUGACAUGCAGCCGUUUUAGUAAAUAAAAUAUAGAAAAGGAAAGCAGAUUCCAGAAUUCCUACCAGACUGGUAGGUUCCCAGGCCUGAACAAAUUCUGUUCACAUUUUAAUUUUAACAUGGAGAUGUAAUCCAGAAUGACAGAAAAGACCAAAAUGUUACUGUAACCUUUAAAAAAAAAAGUAUACAGAGCAUAGGGAGAAGUUUAUAGAUGCUUCAAAAGCAGGUGCUGUGGACCAGGAUUUGGCAGAUGUGAGAUGACACCCUGCAGUGCCAUCCUCAGGCUGUUUAAUACUGUUAAAGAAUUACAAGCUCUAUAACAGCAGCUUCAAGAUGAGUUUGUUCUGAAAUAAGACACCAGCAGCAGUUCAAAAUUCAACUCUGUGAGAACAACUCAAUAGUUUAUCUUAUUGGAAGUGAUGUUGACACAAUAAAGAUCUGCAUAAUCUAUGUUUCUCUAACAGCUUGAAGCAACAAACAAGAAAUUUAAAGGUUGGACUUGAUGAUCUUGCAGGUCUUUUCAAACCUUAAUGAUUCCAUUAAUCUAUAUUUAUUAGUUCCAUUAGUUACUGAAAGUGGAGAUGUGCUCUGAGGUCUGCAGUCCUCAGUGUGAUUAAUUUUUCGAAGUGGAAUCCAAGUAUUCAUGCCCAAAUUUAAACUGAAAGCCAAAGGUUUGGAAGAAGAGACAUUUCAUCCACAGUUCUUACCUUAGACCUUCAUGAAUAUGAGGGUCAUCCUACAACUAUAGAAUUUUCUUUCCCUUCUGCCUGUUCUUCCAAACACACCUUUUAACUAAAAUAUUUCUUUAUUUUCUCAGUGAUCACUAGUAGCUUUCACAUUUUGGAUCAGGUCCCAUUCUAGGGAGCUGCUGUGAAUUUUGCUAGUUCUCCAAUCUCUGAACACUCUGGGCUCUCAGGACACUAUCAGAAGAUCCAUUUUUCAGGACAUCCAUCAGGCCUUCAUGACAGCCAUUUCCUCAUAACUCCUUUAUGUUCAAGGAUUGGUUCCCAAAACAGGCCAGUGUCCCGGUGCUAUAGAAAGCCCAGCUUAAGAGAGAGAGCUAGCUUGGAGGGGAUGGUGGCAUUUUAUGGGUAUCUUCCCAACAGCAGGGAUCACUGCUCCUCAGCUGCCCUCAUCCCCUUGCUCUCCAUGCUGGCAGUGGGAAAAGGCCUCAGCUCUCCAUUCUAUUCCCAUUCUCCUCCCACCUUUUCCCUGUCUGCUGACAAAGUGAACUUACUCCUUAUCCAUCUGGGAACAAACUCUCUCUGGCAAUGCUGAGGAACAUCCAUUCCCCCCUUUUUUAUGCUCCUUCCUCCUUUUUAUGUUCUCCUUGCUGCUCUGAGCUCAGGCUUGACCUCGCCUCCUUGGCUCAUUCAGCAGUCAGUCUCCCUUUCUUUACCUGAGUCCCAGCCAGGUUUUCUGGGCAGGUUUCAAGAAAUGUGGCUGUAACUGAAGAUGAAAUAAUUGUGAUUGCAUAACUGGGGUGAGGAAUGACUUUCUGGAUGUUAACAGAAAACAGCCACUGCUUAGGGGUAGAAGCUUUUAAUCUCUGUCCACUGGUGUCAAGUUUUCUGUCUUUUCUUCCAAAACAGUUCAGACAGAACUGAGCAUCACUUUAACUCCAUAAAUGUGGUUGGUCUCCUGACCGAACCACAGAAACAAGUAUAUCUAAAGAAAAAGCAAACCAGUUCACCCAAGAAAUGUAAUAUGCUUCUGUGACCUUUCUACAUUAAAAGUUUCCAUUAAUUUCUGUGGUAUUCACCCAUCCUAGAUUCCCCCACAUAAAGGAAAGUAAACAAAUGCUUUGAGUAAAUGCUUUGUUUGAAGUAACAUGGCAGAUCAAUCACUACCAGCCACAAUGAUGCAGAGGUUUUUUUGUUGGCUUUGUUUGGUCAGAUAAAAUCCUAUACAAAUUUUCUUGAGUCACUUCUGUUGACUCACGGUGGCAAUUGUAGCAUGUCCCUCAAGCAGGAUGUUUAAAGAAGUGCUAGAAGGAAUGAUGCAAUGAUGCAUCUUCUCGAUACUGCCUUGUAAAAGUCAAGUGUUCAUUGCUUUAUUUAAAGAAAAGCAUUUCAUUUUAGAAAUUACAGCAUUCCAUUUCAGUGAUGUGUGAGUUAAACCUCAAAGUCUGGUUUAAAGUUUCUCUGAGUGAAGUGGGCUUUGGUCUGGGAUUUGUUCUGUGGGAUAAAGAGGUGUGUGUCAGAACAGAGAUUUUAGUUUAGAUCAUGGUGCUGAGACCCAAGGUUUUGUUUCAGGCUUUUUCCUGCAGUUCUUUUUGCCUUUCUGAGGAAGUGUAACUUAUGAAACCACAUUUCAGAUGUGCUAAUAUUUUUUUGUUAAAUUCACUGAUGAGAUUUAGUUAUCCUUGUUAGAGAAGUAAAAGCUUUGGUCCUGUCAAGUUCUUACACAAUUUAUGAGGCCUUUACAGUAAGCUAGGUCUUCAUCCCCAAGAAGGGCUGUUGUCCCCAAGCUCUUCCAAAAUGAAUUAAGGGAUAGUGUGAUGCCUUUGCCCCUACAGAUGUUAGGGAAUUCAGAAAUGAGACACAAAACUUAAGUUUCUGAGCUCCACUACUCAGAGACUGACACAUUUGAGUCUAUCAGAUUCUCAUAACUUUGGGGCAGGAAGUUGGGGGCAGAACUCUCUCUGUUCUCCCUGGGCAAAUUGCUGGCACCUGACACACCAUAUGCUAGUUUAAUUCAAAAUAAAUAGCAGGGAUUAGCUCCCCUGUGCCUUCCUGUCCCACCUGCUGCUGAUAUCCUUCCCAGUAAGGCAGAGGUUCCAGUCUCACCUUUAUUAGAGAAAGGGGCUACAGACUUGUUCCAGAUAAAUACUCAGCUUUUGUUGGAAGUGUCCCGAGACAGAGAAGGCACUGUCUGACCAGUCAACACUUAGCAGAAUUCUGUCAUCUGCCAGCCAUAAUCUACAAUUAAAAUGGAAAUAUUUUGAUAUAUUACCCAACACUGAGAAAAUAGUGUCUUAAGGGAGCUGAAAAGCAGAAGGAGGCGUGGUUGUGCCUUAUUUGUUCAGCACUGGUGAGUCAUUUAAUCUGAAUUUCUAGGCAUUUCAGGAGUUUUGCCUCAAAGGACUUUUGUGUGGCUUCUGGCAACAAAUUAAAUAGCAGUAAGGUUUGGCUCUUAAUUUAGAAUUAAUUUUAAAACAUCACUCACUAUAUAAGACCUAAUUGAAAGCCUAUGGUCUCUGGAAGGAUUCCCAAAGAUUUCACCGGGCUUUGGAUGAGGGUCUCAAACCCACAAAUAUCUGUUUAUUUUUCUUCAUUGUAUUUAAUCUUGGAUGAGAAGACAAGAAUUAUUCUUUCAGAAUAGUUUUGCAGUUUUUAAACUUUUCAUUUAUUUGGGAUAGAACUGAGUAAAGGACAAAGAAAUGUUGGUAUAAAAAAAAUCAUCAUGCACUGAGAGUGAAGUGUGGAGUGUAUUUUUGCUUUUCUAGCUUGGACUUACUGUACUGUAAACCAUCAUAGCACUGCAAAUCUGUGAGCUGCCAGAUUUCUGUUUUUUCUAAUCUUUUCAGAUUUUUUUUUCUGAAUGUCAAAUAUAAGUGGGGAUACAAAAAAAAAAAUGCAAAGCAUGAGUCAAAGAUCCCUUUGCAAAAUAAAAUCUGUGUUUUGUUUUCUGAGGUGGCAAUGAACAGCUCCCUGGCUCUCUUGGGGAACAUGAACAUGAAGGUUCAUGAUCAUAAGUCUGAGUUUUCAGACAAACAUUUUCCUCUAGCCCCUGAGGUUCUCCUACUUGCAGUCUUUGGGAAUAUUAGAAGUUUUUUGCCUUUGGGCAUAAAGAAUCUCUCAUUCUGUCUCCAGAAACAGUUGCUGCCCACAGAGUCUUUCUCUUGUUACUUCUUGUGAAUGGCACUAGAAGAGGCUACUCUGUCUCCAAUUAAAAGGAGGAUUUUUGGCAAGGGAAGAAAAGAGUCUUAAAGUCUCCCUAACCCAUGCCUCUUGUCAGUUUCUUUAGAUGGGAUGGAGAAAAUCUUCCUUUUCUACUGGAGUAGUUCCAUAUUAGGUCCCAGGACAAGUGUUUGCCCUUCUGGCUUCAUGGAACAGCUGAGAGAAAUAUAACUGACUACAGGCUGGAGUUUACUACAGACCCAAGAUUUUGGGGAUCAAGAACAGUUUGCCUCUUCCUGACACAAGAAGGAAAUAAAAACAGAAAGCAAGAGAGAAGACAGAAGUGCAUAGGGAUCUUGCCAAUUUCCUCAGAAAGCCAUUGGGAUACAAUAAACUCCUAGGAGACAACACAAGGGAAUAGGAAAGUGUAGAUAUGAGGGACAGAGAACACCUGUGGGAGGAUGUGAGAAACAGAACAGGCAUGCCAUGUGUAAGUGCAGGAUUUAUGGACUUUCCCACUCUGCAAAAAUGUAACUCACUUAACUGCAAGUCUGAGCUGAGUGGCACAGAGAAGAAGAGGUUGUGUGGUUCCUGGAGCAACUGGGUCCAAAAAGUUACAGGUCUGUUCUUUAUUCAUGAUGGCUUGGCUUUGUUUUUCUAGGAAGAGCUCACAGCUUGGCUUCUUGGCUGCUCUCUGAAUAAACCCUGUUUAAACUGGAGUGAGAAUGAGGUUUUGCACUUAAUUAUCUGCUGGUUGCCUGGUCUUUUCUCUGGCUUAAGUAGAAUCAAGCUCUUGCUUAAUUUGACCCUCAGAUUUAACACACGGUGGGAAUUAGGUUCAGUAAGAUGGUUAUGAUUCAUGUCAUGAUCCAUGAGGGGGGAAAAUGAAGACAACCUCCAUAGGAAAGCAUACAUGUGGAUAAAACAGUUCAUGGAAAAUGUGGCUGAUAUCUCAACCAUGUUUUGAUUGCCAUACUACCCUAGAAGCAUCCUCACUACCAACUUAAGCACUUUCCUCUAGCAGACUUAACACUUCAUCUGUCAGUAAGGCCAGUGGAAACAAAUUGCUCCACUGAUCAUCAAGCUGAUGGCUCUCCAGGAUAACCAUCCCAUCUCUCCAGCUGUCAAUCCACUUGCAGCCUUAGUCAUUGACACUGAAUUGAAAGUGGCAGCUCAGGCUUCAAUUUCCAUGAAACUUGUAGGAACUUUAUUUCUUUGAGCCCUGCACCCCUCAGGUUUGAAAGUGGCCAUUAAGCUUAAAAGGUGUUGAGUUGAGUGAAGGAAUGGCAGAUGUACAGAGGUCAGGAUCUCAUAAGUUUCAUCUCCUUUAGAAAUGGGCACCUGAAAAGUCUCAAGGACUGAUUCUAAAAAAAGCAACAACUUUGAGUGCUCUAGAGCCAAAGCAGGCAUUUGGAAAUGGAAUGGGGUUUUGUGGUCACUAUCUUAUUAUUGAAACUAGAUUAUGCCUAGUUUUUCCAAGUAAACAUCUAUUCUUGCUUAAAAAAAUAUUUAGAUAAUACAAAAAAUAGAGUGAUUAUAUGAAAAACAUUUUCCUUGCACAGAAAACAAACUUUUCAUGCUAUCUCUGCAGUACAAGUGAAAGUUUGAAGCUGGUAGGAUGGUAGUCACUAGCACAGAGAGCAAGGGGUUGAGAGGAACAGUGGAAAAAGGCACACUGAAAAAAUAAGGCAUGGAGGGAAAUUAAAUCAGAUUGGUGACAUGCAAGAAGGAAUAUAUUAAGGAAUUACAGAUUUUUAUGUGCAUGUGCUGAGUAAAGCUAAUUGUGCUAAUUUCUGAACAGCAAGAAGCAUAAACAAUGCUUCUGUCUAAGUGUAUUUCUUACUGAUUAAAGAUUGUGACAUGGAGUGUGGCUAGAAUGAGUCAAACAGAAUGUUCACAAGGCAUUUGGAGAAAAACAAAUAAAAUUAUGAAGCAAGAAACAUAGUGUAAUGAAUUUUAGAAACAGUCUCUUUCCUGGGUAACAUUUUGCUUCCUCAAUUACUAAUCCUAAAAAAGAGCUGCCACAGGCAGAAUUUGCAGACAGCCACGUGAAAGGGAAUGCCAAGAGAUACUUGUCCCUGUGGACAGAGUAACCCUGGCACAGCAUGAUCUGUGGCAUAGCUGCCUCGAGACCAGCAGGUGGUAUGGCAGAUGGGAUUGGGGCUGAAACUCAGGAGUUAAUUUCUCCUCAGUGCUUCUUUCACCAAUCAACAGAGAAAAUAUUGCUGGAGAAGUACUGCUGCUGGAUCCCAAACACCAAGCAAUAUCAGAGUCGUGCUUCUAAUGGUGUUUCUAGUAGAGUUUAUUAACUGUUCUGCUAUCACUGCAUGAAAUAGCUUCCUUCACAUUCACCAAGCUGGCUUUUUAAUACCAAGCUGUGUAUUUUUAAUGAGUGUUGGCACAAUUCACAGAACUGUGGGAGCUGAUGGAGAUUUACCAGAUGGAUUAGCCUUCUGGGACUCCCACAACAAGACAUGUGCUAUUUCUAUCUAUUUUGAUCUGAAAUAGAUUGGUAUGUCUUUAAAAUGAGCUAGCAAAUUUCUGUGCUAAUUAAACUAAACGGAAUGAUACAAAAUACUGCAUUGCAAAGCUGCUCUCCUACCCAAAAGACAUUACCUGAGCCAAUGCUGAGAUUGCUUUUACUGUGUGCUGGGCACUGGGGUCACAGCCUGAAAUGCUCUUCUCCCUGAUCCUUGCAUCUGGGGAGCUCAAACAUACGCAGAACUUUCUAAGUUCCCAGAUUUUCAGUGUUUUUAAGCAGAAAAAGAAAAUUAAAAUUUGGAUUUCCAUACCUUCAGGUCCACUGCUACUCUUCUCAUUGCUAUUCAAAGUGAUUAUGCUAGGAGCAAGUGGUUAAGUAUCAGAAGCUAUAACCCCUUAAGAAUUCUUUUUCAUACAAAGAAGUAUCUAUUUAUUCUCCUAUGUCAGUUUUUCUUUGUCAGUAAUUUUAAAAAUAAUUUAUCAGUUCUCCUUUUCAGUAAAACGUGAUCAGUAAGGCUUUGUUCAGCUGCUCAGCCUCAGGGUUUUGUGUGGUUCUCUGGUGCUAUGUUGUUUUAGUUGAAGUUCUUUGUCAAGAGAGUGGAUGCUGUGACUAAUUUGGCUAAUUGUGGAAGAAAGGAUUAUGCUUGGACUCUGUACUUGUGUUUUGAGUCUCAGUAAAAGAUUACAAUGAAUGAGUAGUCUGGGUUAGACAGACAGUUGGAUGGGAUGAUACCUUCUGGCCUCCAAAUAAUGGGAUUUUUUGUGCCUGUGUGCUUUAGGCUUAACUUCUGAGCCAGUCUCUAACAUCUCGUGCAUGAUUCCAGAUGCAGAGCACUCCAUACAUUGCUUACGAAUGUGUGUCCUGGAUAAAUGGGAAAGUGCCUAGUGGGGCUUUCACACAGAGGUGUAGAGAUGUUAUUAGGACACUGCAGCAUUGCCAAGGUUUUCUAAUUUAUACAAUUCUCAUGGUAGUUAACUUUUUUGGUAAAAUUUCAUAUUGUUUUAAAGAGUGACAUUUAUUAUUUCUGAAAAAGAGGAACUUUAUUGUCCUCCUCAUUACAGGACACUUGGAAAAGUAACUGGUGCAGGUGAACCACAUUUCCCCCUCCAUUACCUUACCCAGAAAACAAGGAAAAGAAACCAAUAUUAGGUUUAAAACAUUAAGUAAUCUAAGGUUUUUUAUAGGGACUGGUUACAAUUCUCAAAGUAAAAAACCCCAAAACUCACAAGUCUUCUGAUUGCCCAAGCGAACACAGAGCCAUAACCUCACUCCAUCCAUGCUGGUUGUGCUCCAGCCCUCCCUCUGCACUGUUUUUCAGGAAAAGGGUAUCUCCUUGGCCAUCUAGGAGAUAGUGAAGACUUCUCUGACAUGCAGAGGACCAGGACUUGGAGGUCUGCUGUAGUCCAGGAACAGCCUCCAGCUCCCAUAUUUAGAUAAUAAAAGAAAGUUUUUCCCAAAUUCACAGCUGAUAUUGAUGAAGUAAAUGAAACAGGAGAGGGCAGGAAGCUGCCCCAGGAGGAGUUCAACCCUCACAAUGCCCUCACUCCUGAUCACUAGGGCUAUUAUUAAUGGUAGAGAUCACACCCAGUUCUCCCCCAACUUUACAUUGUUGUUUGACUGAAUUUGCUCCCUCUGGGAAAAUCUGUUUCUGAACAGAAGUCAGUACACAAUAUAGGGAUAUGCAUGGUCUCAAGAAGGUGAAGCUUCUACCAGGGUGACUACAAGCCACACUACCCAGGAAAGGAGGAGAAGCAGCAGCUGCUGAGGAAGCUGAUGAGUGCAGGGCAGGCAGUGUCCCACUGUGAGGAGAGGGCCAGGAUGAGGACAGGAAAGAACCUGGAGUUUUUCAGAGAAGGGUAAGAGGAAAUUGUAACUUUUGGAGUGGGAGUCCUUCCUCAGCAUGGACUGUGAGCUGCAAAGUACUGAUUGUUCCAUGUGUGUCUGUGUGUGCAGUAAUGAAAAAUGCAGGUUUAUGUGGCCUGUUUUGUGAGACAAGCCAUUUAGAUACUAUGUCACCACUCCUCAUAUCAGAGAACAUUAGGUUUCAGUAAUUUGCAUUACUAUUUUUAUCCCUUAUUGUGUGCAAAUACACAAAGAUUUUAGUAACAGCAGUCAUGUUUAAGGUUGGAGAGCCAGAUAUCUUAUUUUCACCUGUCCAUCUAAUGUAAUUUUUACAACUGAACCAUACUGCUCCUACAGAAUCAGAGAAAGUUUUUUAUAAAGACAUUUUCUUAAAGGAUUGAAUAAUUACAAUUGUUGGAGAAAGGUGCUUAGAUGCUGGAUUAAGAAUUUACAAAAUCAAAGUAGCAGUUAGGAUGCUAGGGAACUCAUCCAAAUCACAGCAUAUCUGAUAUUCUUUAGGGAAUACUGGACUGUUUUGUAUACAGCACUCUUGGUCCCAAGUAACUUAAAACCUGAAGAAUUGAAAUUAUUAAAAAUAUUGGGUGGUAUCUGUGAGGGUGUUGAGUGCCUGCAACUCAUGUAGGGCAGAAUACCCUGACACCAUCCAUGGCCCUUUGUGCCACAAUGGUGGUGCCAAAGGUGUUCAGCAAAUGCCACAGGAGGCCCCUCUGAGCACUAGCCAUAGUGAAGUCACUUGAGUGCAGUUGGGCAUUAGGCCCAUUUUCCUGGCAGCACUUGGCAUCUCUCAGGAGCAGGCUGACAGAGGAGGGUCUCUGGCAAGGAAUUUCAAUUAUUUGUGAUCUCAAUUACACAGAAAAUGUAGGGGAUGGGUUUGGUUGUAGGCUUGGUUAUUCUUUUUAACCUGUUAAGCUGUGGGGAUUGCUGCUGGAUUGGUCUCUUUGAGGUCCAGAGUGCAAAUGCAGGGCAUGAAUUUUUUUCUGUCCCAGUUCCAGUGGCAGUGCUCAGACUGAGGAACUCAAGUACAGCUCUGCUGCACUGGAAGAUGCAUCUGCGUGACUCCUGUCCUCCUCGGGCUCCAGAUGGCAACAGUAAAGAUAACAAUGGAGCAGGCUUCUCCUUCCUCCAGACUUAAUAACUGAUAGGGAAGCUGGUUUUCAUCAUCCAGAUGCACAGCUGGAGCUGGAAAAGAUGCCAGAGAACUGACAUGUUUGACCCAUCCCUGGAAGUGUUCAAGGCCAGACUGGAUGGAGCUCUGAGCAACCUGCUCUAAUGGAAUGUAGCAGGGGGGUUGGAAUUAGAUCUUUAAGGAACUUUCCAACCCAAACCAUUCUAUGAUUACAUGAUUUUCCUAUGUUUUGCUUGGAGUACUAAAGUUCCUAUUUAAAAACAUUUUUGAAAAUCGCUUGUCUUUGGGGAAAGUUUAUGAAGGACAAAAAUGUGAAAAUUAAAUGGCACAUUUUACUUUAAGGGCAAAUUUUAAUUAAUUAAAAGGAGUGAACUUUUUUCAGUAUUUUCUUUGAGAAAACAAAUUUUUGUUUUGACAAUACAAAAAGCCCCUGAUUUGGCCACAACGAGAAAAUGUUCUCACAAGAAAAUGUGACAGGUUUUUUUUCCUCCAUUAUACUUAAGAGUGUGAAACACAACUGCCCAGGAGCCCAAAAGUGCAGCACAUCCUUUUAACAAGACAUAUAAGGACUACCUUAGGUGGCUGGAAUGCAAGAACCUGGUGCAGAAAACUCAGCAAUACCCUUCUGAGUGCUGCAGACACGUCCUGGGAUCGUGAGCAGCCACGACUGGCAAGGGCCUGAGCCCAUGUAUUGUCCCUACAGUACAUCCUGCUGCUGCUGGAGCGCUGGGAGGGCUUGUACUCCCUGCCACGAGACCUUGUGUUUUCCAGCCCACAGUGCUAUGAGCUCAUAAGGAGUUACCCAUUCAGAGAACUGGGUGGCUGGAGGCCAGACGUACAACCUUGAUUACAAUGCCCUUUCCGGAGACUGAUUUUGGUUUUCUUGUUAUCUAACGAGCUUGUCAUUUCCUUUGCUAGUUGUAAAAGAGCUGAAUAUUUUCUAGGUUACCUAACGAAGCUCCUGCAGAAUCACACCGCUUAUGCCUGCGACGGGCAGCACCUCAGCCUGCACUGCCCUCGGCACUCAACCAUCAGCAUUCAGUCAGCAGUUUACGGGCAGGACCCUCACAUGUGCAGUGCCUGGGAGCCUGAACCUAGGAUGAUAGAACCUAGGAACUGCAUGGCACCCACCUCUUUGCAGAAAGUACUGGAUGAAUGCCAAAACCUGAGAUCCUGCCAACUCCUUGUCAAUAGUCGGGUUUUUGGGCCUGAUCUGUGUCCAGGAACCACUAAAUUCCUCCUUGUCUCCUUUAAAUGCAAACCUACUGAAUACAAAACCAAAUCAGCAUGUGAAAACCAGGAACUGAAGCUCCACUGUCAGGAAUCCAAGUUCCUUAUCAUCUACUCAGCCACCUAUGGCAGAUGGGCACAUGAGGAGAGCAUCUGCUCAACAAAGGCGGAGCACACACCCCCCUUUGACUGUUUGUCUUACACAGCGCUGGAAGUGUUAUCAAAAAGAUGUUAUGGGAAACAGAGAUGCAAAAUCAUUGUCACUAGCCAGGAUUUUGGAAGUCCGUGCCUACCUGGAGUGACAAAAUACCUAAAUGUCAGCUAUGCAUGUGUUCCUAAAUUUAUCCUCAUGGCAGUCAACCCCCUGGUCCCUGCUAACAAGUCUUCUGUCAAACAGAAAGACGGUGUCAACCUUGAUCCAAGGGAAUCAAGACUUCCAAAGGAAGAUAGAACUAUUGUUAGCUCUAACUAUUUGGCUACGUUCGCAUACAUUAGAGAUCACCUUGAAAGAGUCGCUCUCCUGUUUGUGUCCAGCGUUUGUGUGGGAUUAAUCGUCACACUGUGUGCCUUUGUGAUCUGCAAGUUGUGUCCUAGUGACAUCCAGAAACUGCACAGGAAGAGGGAUGAGCUGGUGCCAGAGAGCGCCAGAGCCUACAAGAGCAGUGAACAUGAGGAAGAAGAGGAGGGGGAGGAUUCCUCCCUUUCAAACACCCAGGAUGAGACAGAUGGACUUUACAGACCUUCUUACUCAGGUUGUAACUCAGCAGAGGCAGCGGAACUGGCUGAAAGGAUUGAGCGCAGGGAGCAGAUCAUACAGGAAAUUUGGAUGAACAGUGGUUUAGAUAUGACACCCCCUAGAAAUAUGAAUACGUUUUAUAUUAAUGAACAAUAAAUGGCUUAUUUUGGAUGACACUCUACCCCUUUUAUUAAAAAAAAAAUGUACCUUCUGUGAAGGAACAUUUGUAUCAGUGAAUAUAAUUAUUUGUAAAAUAAAAAGAAAUAUAUACAAUAAAAAGAGGGUUUCACAUC